CAACUAGAAUGCUGAUGCAUUAGCAAUGCAUCACUAUUACAUCAGUCUCCAACCAAGAAUCCACUGCAUCCCUACAAUUCUUGCAUCAAAAUGACAAUACGGCCUGCAACACUGAUGGUGGCUAUGUAGUGCUACAUGGCCAUCAGUAAACCGGUGAGACUCAGAUAUUUCCUGAUUUUGUACCUGUUUCCUAUAUAUACAUGACGUCAACAUAAAACAACAUUUAAAAGUAAUAUAAAGUGAGAUGCACCAUGCGUCCCUCAUAGUCGUCACCAGGACUCCCACAAUUUUUGUUUCUUCCUUCAAGUUUGCAACACCAUGAGCACUGAUCCAAUUCCAAAUCUGCCGAAGACACAGCGAGCUUGGAGAGCUGUGAAGCGAGGCAAACCUUCCGAAUCUCUUGCUUUCCAGACAGACGUAGCUGUCCCUUCCCUUUCACCUGGGGAAGUGCUUGUGAAGGUUCAUGCCGCAGCACUUAAUCCGGUAGGAUGGAAGAUCAUGUCUACUACGCCCGAUAUCAUUGCUAGGAGACCAAUCACACCAGAACAUGAUUUCGCCGGCGUGGUCGUGAAUGCAAAUGGCACCGAGUUCUCCGUAGGAGACGAGGUUAUCGGUUUUAUACCAGUUCAAAUGCAGUUCAAGACCGGGCAAGGGGCGCUGACAGAGUACACAAAACUUCCUGCUACUCAUUUAGUCUUGAAGCCAUCCAAUGUCUCUGCGAUUGAGGCUUGCGGUCUUCCUGUAGCUGGGGAGACUGCCUUUCAGGCCCUAGUCGACAUUGGAAAGCUUCAAGCUGGCCAGAGCGUGUUCGUCAAUGGCGGUAGUUCAGCAGUUGGCAUGAAUGCUAUUUAUAUUGCAAAGGCUCUUGGGGCGAAGGUUGUUACCAGUGCUUCGUCAAGAAAUGAGGACUUUUGUCGUGACGCGGGGGCAGAUGAAUUUCUCGAUUAUACGAAAAAACCUCUUCAUGAGCAAUUGCUGGAAAAUCCGCCCUCACCUAAAUUUGACAUCAUCUUUGAUGCCGUUGCUUUGGUUGAUCCCGCUCUUUACAAGUACUCGAAUGCCUACAUGACGCCAAAAGGCGUGUUCAUAUCGACCGGACCUUGGCCAGACCUGAAGUGGGGGGGAUCUACCGGCGUCUCGAAUUUGCUUUCUCUGGGCUACGAGAUCCUGAGACCACCGUUCCUCUGCGGUGUUAAUGCAAAGUGGACCAUGGUAAGCGUAACUCACAAGCAACAGAAUCUUGCAAAACUGCGCGACUUGAUGGCAGAAGGCAAGCUCAAACUGGCGGUAGACUCCGUGUAUGGAUUCGAGGACGCUCUCAGUGCAUACGAUCGUAUCAUGACAUCACGAGCUACUGGCAAAGUUGUAGUCAAAGUAGAUGGCGGCUUGUGACAACAUUAUUCAAGUAUUGUACUGGCCCGCUGUAGAUACACUUCUUCCUCGUGCAAACGUAUUACUGCUGGCGGUAAUUCUUUGAUAUCGAAUCGGGAUCGUUGGCAAGAGGCACCGAAGAAGUUGAUCACCAGAUAGAAAGUGAUGGCAUCCGGUUCCGACGAACUCGCCAUGGUAUUAUAGCUGAAAUGUAUAACAACUUGCAA